GACAGGUCAGAAGAAGGAGCCCCCAACAUGCUGCCCGCCUGCCUCCUCCGGCACGUGUGCUGCUGAGCGGGUCUGGUGCCAGUGCGCUGCCCUCUCGGUGACAUGAAGUUACGGGCUGGCACCCAGGAGCCGAUGUGUGCGGAAUGAGGGGCUGCUUUGUGUUCCUAUGAGGGGGCAGGAAGUUCAGUGGCCCCUGUGAGGUACUACAGUGCACGGUCCACGGCUGCGGAGCUGAUGGCUGCUGCCCACUGGUGAAUUCCCCUGCUUGGCUUGUGCCCCCGUCGGCUGUUCUAGAUGCUCCUGGGGGCAUCCUGGCUGUGCACCUCUAAGGGACCGCAGAAGCCAUCCAAGGGGGAAGAGGAGGAGAGGAGACGGGGCGGCAGGAGAGAAGGGGCAGACAUGGACGAGUCGUCGCUGCUGGACCUGCUGGAGUGCUCCGUGUGCCUGGAGAGGCUGGACACCAGUGCCCGGGUGCUGCCCUGCCAGCACACCUUCUGCCGCCGCUGCCUGCAGAGCAUCGUCAGCUCCAGGAACGAGCUGCGCUGCCCGGAGUGCCGCAUCCUGGUGGAGUGCGGGGUGGACGACCUGCCCGCUAAUAUCCUGCUGGUCCGGCUCCUGGAUGGCAUCCGGCAGAGACCCAGGAACAGCCCCACUGGCAGCCCCAUUGCCGGCGGGCACCACUGUGCUGGCACUAACAACAGUAACAACCACAGCCCGGGAUGUUCUGCCACUGGAGGUACCCUGGGGUCUCACCCCCACAGCGCUGCUGCCAGCCACAGUGCCCUCCUUCUAGCCAAGAAUAUUGCACAGCUUCCAUGUGGAAGAGCACUCUAUGCUUAUGAGGGAAAGCAGCCUGGUGAUCUGAAAUUUAACAAAGGAGACAUCAUCAUUCUGCGGCAGAAAGUGGAUGAGAACUGGUACCAUGGAGAACUGAAUGGAAAUCGUGGCUUCUUUCCUGCAAGCUAUAUCCAGUGCAUAAAGCCUCUUAGCCAGCCUCCUCCACAAGGGAAAGCACUUUAUGACUUUGAAAUCAAGGAUAAAAAUCAAGAUAAGGACUGUCUAACAUUCACCAAGGAUGAAAUAUUGACUGUGAUCAGACGUGUGGAUGAUAAUUGGGCUGAAGGAAUGUUGGGAGACAAGAUUGGGAUUUUUCCCAUUCUCUAUGUAGAGCUGAACGAGGCAGCCAAACAGCUCAUUGAGAAAGACAAGACAAGCAUAUCCUCAGCACCAGGCUAUGGGGUCCGUGUCGCUGUUGAUGCCAACAUGGUACUCAGUGUGACCCAGAGUCCUAUUCUAAACAAUACUGGAGUUGUCAGUGCCAACCAGAGGCAUACCGACAUCAAGAAGAAUGCCAAGAAACGACACUCGUUCACAGCUCUCAGUAUGACGCACAAAUCCUCCCAUGCCAUGAAUAACAGGCAUUCCAUGGAAAUUAGUGCUCCAGUAUUGAUCAGUUCUAGUCAUCCCCGCGCUGCUGCCAGAAUCGGAGGCAUGACUCAACUUUCAUCCAGUGCUCCAGUCCAGGAUUCUUCUACAUUCGGCACUGCGGCUGCUGCUGGUGCUGCUAGCCCCAAAACAGGCACACUCAAUGGAGAACAAGCACAUUCCCCAAAAGUUCAAUUACCUCUUAAUGUGUAUUUAGCCCUGUAUGCCUACAAACCACAAAAGAAUGACGAGCUCGAACUGCGUAAAGGAGAGAUGUACAGAGUCACAGAAAAAUGCCAAGAUGGUUGGUUUAAAGGCACCUCCCUCCGCUCUGGCGCAUCAGGAGUGUUUCCUGGCAAUUAUGUUACUCCAGUUUCCAGGAUGCCCGCUGGACUUGCCCAGUCACGAAACUGCACCAUGGGAGUUCCACUAACAAGCAGAGGUUCUCCAUUAGCUUCACAUGGGUCUCCUGGUGGGAUGACAAAUUGUACCAAUGUUGUCAGACCUGUUCUCCCUAUUACCGUACCUCAGAUACAUGCUCACCAAUCUCCAAUAUCCUCUCAGAACAAUUCAUCCAAGAUCUCCAACCAGCAAGCUAUUAACCACACACGCACCUGUGUGCAGAUGGCACAACCUCAAGAACGUCCCACAGCGACUGUAUCACCUAUAAGGACUCACAGUUCACCAUCUCGACUUCCUGCUAGCCCAAACAGGGCACAGUCAACUGCUUCUCCACAACACUUGUCCCAGCAGCACUCCUCUGUACAGACUUCUAUAGCAGUACACUGCACUCGGCCAGUUAUCCCAUUAACUUCAGCGGCAGCAGCCAUCACGCCUCCAAAUGUUACUGCAGCCAGCAUUAGUGCUGAAGCUUCCAAUGGUCCGGUCAACUGUAUGCCAACUGGCAGCCCUACAAACACAGGCUGCAAGACAGAAGAGAGGAAGAUUGAGAAGAGAGAAAAAAAGGGUGGCUUGCUCAAACUUCUGGCUGGAGCCUCUGCAAAAAAGAAGUCCCGUUCUCCUCCAUCUAUCUCACCAACACAUGAUCCCCAGGCUAUAGUGGAAGGAGUAAUUCAAGGUGCUGUAGGACUUGAGCUCUCAAUGAGCAACCAUGGAAGAGCAGGCUCAUGUCCCAUUGAAAGUGAAAUGCAAGGAGCAAUGGGAAUGCAUCCAUUACACAGGAAAACUGGCUCUUUAGAUCUGAAUUUUUCAAUUCCAUCUCCAGUCAGACAGCCUGCCUGUGCAAUGGUAGCUGUACGCCCAGAACCCAAAUCACUGUCCAGAGAACGAUAUCGAGUUGUUGUUCCCUACCCACCGCAGAGUGAAGCAGAAAUUGAGCUAAAGGAAGGUGACAUUGUAUUUGUUCACAAAAAGCGGGAAGAUGGUUGGUAUAAGGGAACAUUGCAAAGAAAUGGAAGGACAGGGCUCUUCCCUGGGAGCUUUGUGGAAAGUUUCUAAUUGUCUCAUGCAGCAUUUCUAUACAAUGAAGGAGCAACCAACAAAACACCAUAUGUUUUGUGGAAACAUGGUGGGUGAAACAUACAUGACACACAAUAAGCACAAAGCAGCAAAUGAAAUGGAUGCCAAAACAAUAUAAGUUGCCAUUUUGACUUCCAAAGAUACCCAUGGACCAUCAGCCUGUUUCCUACAGAGAGUUUGAUGUCCAUCCCUGAGACAUGGCUGACUGAAGAUCCAGUGGUAUGUUGGAGUAGUGCCUUCGGAACCAUGAACUGAGAAGAUGCACAUUUUGACCAUGUUUGCUAAUUGUGAUGCAUACAUCCUAAAUGAAAUUACUUUCAAAUGAAUCUUUUAUUCUACGCUAACUUAUUUGUAUACAUUGCAGUGUUCUUAUUACUUGCCUAUGCAAGAAGAAUAAAUUCUAUGAAUCGGCCAUUGGGCCAUGCACAUUUAACUGUACAUUUGAUGUAGUGGAUUGUGGGAUAUUCUGCUACUGUAAUACCGGCACAAUAGUGGGCUUGAGCUCGCCAUGGUUUUAAAGAAAUUAUGUCAAAAUUUAGAUGAAUAUUUAGUAAACCAUUGAAUGUUGUUUUUUCUUUUAUUUGUAAGUUAACUUUUGAGUAGGAUUUUUAUGUUUACAUUUUUAUUGCAUUUAUGAACAAAUAUAAUCACAUUUAGUCAUAAAUUUUGCUUAAUGGUCAUCUUUCAGUUUGAUGAAAACUGAUAACGUGAACCAGCUCAAUAAAAUAAAGCACAAUUUCAGGUAAGGAAAAUGAAAUAUUGUCAAAACUUCAAAUGUUUGACAAGAUAUUGGGCAGAUUUACAAUAGAAAAUGCGUACAUUUUUUGGUGCAAUUUCAACAACAAAAACUGGUGUACAUGCUUUGCACUGCAUUUAUCAUUUGUUUAAGACACUUUUCAAACUUUUUACACCUUGCUUGACAAGGGGCAUGGCUAAGCAGGAAGGGGUGUGGCCUUGCAGGAAAGGGGUGUUGUUUAAAUCCGCUUUUGUGUCAACUAAGUCAUUUUAUAGAUGACGUAAAACUUAGACUCGACAGUCUGAAGAUACAACAGAUUUAUCAUGUGGCAUGAGCCACUUUGAUAAUUCUAGUGCAGUUUAAGACAGUCCAUCCAAAUGUAGACAAUAUUAGUAAAUCUGCCCAAAUAAAGGGGUUUUCCCAUCUAAACAUCUGUGACUUAUCGUUAGGAUAUGCCACUAAUGUCAGAUAUGUACAGGUCCCACCUCUGGGACCCACUCCUAUCUCAAUAUUGGGGCUCACAAAGUGAGCAUGCUCAGCUAUUUUCGAAGGUCCCAUAGCAGUAAAUGGAGUGCAAGACAUCCAAGCGCAUCCACCGCUCCAUUCACUACUAGAGGACUGCCAGAAAUAGAUGAGUCAGCACUCGGAUGUUUUCAGAACUUUCCUAGUGGUGAAUGGAGGGUGGCUGGUCAUGCAUGACUGCUCUCCCUUCACUUGGGAGGCUUUAUUCUAAAGAUAGGUACAGGUCCUAGAGGUGGGACCUGCAGCUAUCUGACAUUUUUUAUGCCACAGAUGUUUAGAUGGGAAUACCCCUUUUAGUAAAAAAACAAAAAAACAAAACAUGGUUGUCUCCUUCGAUAAGCAGCACUACUCCUGUCCAUUAGCUGUGUCUGGUGUUACAACUCAGUCCUAUUCACGCAAAUAAGGCUGAGCUACAAUAUCAAACACAUUCAAUGGACAAGAGUACCACUGUUUUUAGACGGAAGCAGCCAUAUUUUUCUUAUGACAAUGGAAAUGAUUUGUAAAUGCAGUUAUAAGUUAUUUGUGAAAUGAAAAAAAAAAUUAAUGAAAUAAUUCAGAAUCAUAUAUUUAUUAAUGGCACAUUUUGGGAACAAGAAAUUUAAGAUCGCUAAAAAAGGUAUGAUAUGAAAUGUGCUUGUAAAAAGAACACUGCAAGUCCCUGGGAGGAAUGAUUUGUGUACAGAUUGUAAAGUUGUGUUGGAGUUCUAUACUUCUCAUCUAGAUAAUUUUACAGGACUGUGUGAAUGAAAUUCAAUGUCUAGUCUAUUCCAAUAAAUAAAAGACCAGCAACAAAACAUAGGUUUCUAGGGACAUAUCAGUGCAAUAAUUAUGAUGGGCAAAUUAUGAUUAAUGCCAGGAAGAAGCUCUAAGAUCAAUUAAAGGGGUUUUCUGAAGUAAUUAAAAUUUCGGACAUACCACUGAAUGAUGUAAAAUAGAAAUGAGGGUAUACUUACCUCUAUCUCCAGCAUUGGCCUCUGUGACGGCAGUCCGGUUCUCCUGCCUCUGCUUGUUUACAGAUGGCAGCAGUGAUGUGCAGGUAUACCGCAUGUGACCACUGUGAUUGCUAUCCUAAGCCAUAUACCUGAACAUCAAAGCAGAUAGAGGUGAGUAUACUAUAAUUUUCUUUAUUUUACACCAUUUGGCAAGUCCCAGAUGUUUAAUUAUCUUGGACAACCCUUCGAGGACUAGAAUUGUCUACAGGGUUUCUUCUAUGUGCUGCCAUAUCUGAGCCAUCAAUAGGAGUUGUCAAGAAUAGGUAUGGGCAACUGAUAAAAAAA